AUGGUUACUGAGCCAGUUACACCUAGCUCCGCUAGCACCUCUGAGAUGGCCACAGGUGUUGGUCGGGCUUCUCCCAGUGGUAGCCAAACCACCAACUCUAGGGAACAGCAUGCUCAGAUGCUUUUUAGGAUUCAGCAGUUGGAAGAACAAGUAGGUCGUGCAGGAGCGGAACAUACAAUGAUGGCCUCCAGGAUUCAGCAUCUAGAGGAACAGCUGAGCAACGCAGAAACGGAACAUAGCAAGACCAAAACCCUACUCGAGGGUGCCAUAUCUGAGCAGCCAGAGCUAGUCCAAAUGGAUAAGCUCUCACAAAACCGUCGUAAAAUGUCCCGCUUUGCAGCCCGCCCUGUGGUGCACUCACACGCACUGGGCACUGGCUGUCGACUCUUGGCCAUCUGGAGGCACCUAAUCAAUGAUAUUGAAUACUUGUCCGAGUUCUGUUUCCCAGAGCAGAUUUCCUGGGAGACUUUGACACCUGCUGUCCAGGAGAAGCUAAUCCGCUGGGCGCCCAAGGCCAAGCAAUAUCUCGAAAGCGGCCCGCAAAGGUCGCGUCUAAUAUUCGAGGCCUGGAUCUGGCACAUAUUGGACGACAACAUCUUCUCAACGGUCGAGGGGCCAUGGCUUGGCGAGCACUGGGAAGCCUACUCUAUGCUGAGACGUAUUGGCGCGCCAUUAGCAAGCGAAUCCGACGCCGAGUGGACUCUCCGCUACCAUAUUUGGAGGAAUUUAACGGUUGGUCUUAUUCGAGAGACCACACAGCACGAGGCCCGUCUCGAUUAUCGGGUGGUGAUGAAUGUUAUGAUGGAGGAGCUUGGUCCAUUUUUCCACAUCCCCGAGCCCCUCGGCGAGGCCAAAUUGAACGAGAGGCUCUUCCGGAUCGUCAAGUGGGCCAUCGAGGCCGACUUUUGCAUGCAUCUCGACAGAACUGAGUGGUCUGUUGUCUUCGGGCACCCAGAGACCCAAGCGCUUCAUAGCUUCCUCUUUAGGGACCCCCAAGAAGUCCGCCAUCCGCCCGAUCCCAUUUUCGGGAGCCUAAAGCCUGUUGUCUCAAAAAGCUUCAUGGCGUUGAGUGAUGUUGCUCAUUGGUGGGACGAGAAGCUGUUCUCCCAUGGUGACCAACACGGUUACGCCUACCACAUCAUGUACUAUCGAGAUCCCAUGCAGGUUGUGGUGGACAUGUUUCCCGAUGACGAUGAGUACGAGGGCGUUUCAGGCGAUGACAGCGAUGGCGAUGGUGAUGCAGAAUCGGACGGAAAGCAGGAGCGCACUCUGAAAUUGGACACGGAGAUGGCGGGACCGGUUGAGGUGAAUGGUUAG